AAAAAUAUUUAAAAAAAUAAAUUUCAAAUAUACUGCAUGUCUUUAACCCCCCUGGAUGUAUUCCUGAGUGUAGCUCGGGGUAAAGUUUCAGCACCACAAACUCUACACUCGGGAAUACACUGCAACGUUGCUCCGGGAUCUCUUCUUCUCUUACCUUGUCCUGUGUUCCCGCGAUGUCCCUCCUGCAGUGUCCCCUGUAAUGUCCUCCGGCCGAUGCCGGCAUCCAUCUUCCGGGUUCCAUUCCCUGCGACGUCGGGACGUACGGGGGAUGGAACUGGCGGGAAAUUUGAAAAUGACAAAAAG